UUGCAGGUGAGCUAGACCCACUGCUUGGAGCAAUGAUGUAAAAACCAGCCCAAAUUGGCCUCCARAAGAACUCCAGACAUUGACACCUGCCAGUGAAACACUCUGAAAGCAGAAAACGCAGCAAUGAAGCGGUGCCUGCAUGUGCCUUGCUGCUAUUUUAGAGCAGAGGUGGUGAAAGGAGGAGCAAAGAGAACUACCACAGUGCCGGGCAGAAGCUUCCCUGCCACGAGGGCUGCAAGAGCCGCAGCGUUUGCCAGGCGUUUCCAGCCUGAUCCUUGCGGAGCAGCCGUUCCGUGCCCGAGUGGGAUGUUCCAGUACUUGUUUCUCUCUGCCUUCUUCCUUGCCCAGUUGCAGCCGGCGUCUUCGAUGGCUCUGGACCCCUGCUCCGCCUACAUCAGCCUCAACGAGCCCUGGCGCAACACGGAGCACCGCAUCAACGGCUCGCACGGGCAGCCCGCCUGCGACAGCCACGUGGCCGGCGAGUGGUACCGCUUCACGGGCAUGGCCGGCGACGCCAUGCCCACCUUCUGCAUCGCCGAGAACCACUGCGGCACCCACGCGCCCAUCUGGCUCAACGGGAGCCACCCGCGCCAGGCCGACGGCGUCGUGGCGCGCCAGGCGUGCGCCAGCUUCAACGGCGACUGCUGCCUCUGGAACAGCACCGUGGAGGUCAAGGCCUGCCCCGGCGGCUACUACGUGUACCGCCUGGCCAAGCCCAGCGUCUGCUUCCACGCCUACUGCGGACAUUUCUAUGACAUCUGCGACGUGGUGGAUUGCCAGGGCUCCUGCUUGGACACCGGCGACUGCGUUUGUUCCCCGGGGACGACGCUGGGACCUGAUGGACAGACCUGUCUUGAUGACAACGAGUGCGAGCAGGGCAACGGAGGCUGCAGCGAGCUGUGCGUCAACCUGAAGAACUCCUACCGCUGCGAGUGCGGCAUCGGGCGCACGCUGGCGCGCGACGGCAAAGCCUGCGAGGAAAUUGAAGGCUGUCACAACAACAACGGAGGCUGCAGCCACGGCUGCGUUGAGGUGGGAGACUCCUACCAGUGCGAGUGUCCGCGGGGCCUGGUCCUCUCCGAAGAUAAUCACACUUGCCAAGUCCCAGUGCUGUGCAAGUCCAGCUCUAUCGAGGUGAGCAUCCCGAAGGAGCUGGUGGGAGGCCUGGACCUCUCCCUCAUCAACACCUCCUGCAAAGGCGUCUCCAACGGCACUCACGUCAACAUCCACUUCUCCCUGAAGUCCUGCGGCACCAUCGUGGACGUAAUAAAUGACAAAAUCCUUGCCACCAACCUGGUGACGGGCCUGCCGAAGCAGACACCAGGCAGCAACGGGGACAUCAUCGUGCGCACGAGCAAGCUGCUCAUCCCGGUGACGUGCGAGUUCCCGCGCCGCUACACCAUUUCCGAAGGCUACGUGCCCAACCUCAGGAACUCCCCCUUGGAAAUCAUGGGCCGCAACCAAGGUGUCUUCCCCUUCACCCUGGAGAUCUUCAAAGACAAGGAGUUUGAGGAGCCCUACAGGGACUCCCUUCCCACGCUCAAGCUGCGGGACUCGCUGUAUUUCGGCAUCGAGCCCUUGGUACAUGUCAGCGGCCUGGAGACCCUGGUUGAGAGCUGCUUUGCCACCCCCACCUCGAAAAUUGAUGAGAUCUUGAAGUACUACCUAAUUCAAGAUGGCUGCGUUUCUGAUGAUUCAGUGAAACAGUACACGUCGAAGGACCAUCUUGCCAAGCACUUCCAGGUCCCCGUCUUCAAGUUUGUGGGCAAAGACAACAAGGAAGUUUUCCUGCACUGCCGCAUCCUCGUGUGCGGGGCGCUGGACGAGAGCUCCCGCUGUGCCCAGGGCUGCCGCAGGCGGAUGCGCAGGGCAGCCCGCACGGACCAGGAGGAUGAGGAGGCWCCCAGCCAUGUCCUCACAGGGGGGCCCAUCAGAAUCGACCUGGACGAUUAGCACCCGCUUGCUCCGCCUGACGGCGACCGUCUGUAUCCGACCCCUCCUUCCGUGGGCCUCUGAGAAAUGAGGCGUUUGUGGAAGCCCCAUGUGAACCUCCUCCAGACUUGUUUCUCCGAAGGCCUCAUGCUCUUUUUGUGGUGUCUUAGGCACGUGAGGCAGAGUAACUCAGUCCUGCCUGCCUGCAGUGUAAUAAGUGUUUCCUCCCGCAUUUUUCACAUCAGUAUUUUCUCU